AUGAUAAGCAACAAGUCGUUGGUCUUUGCCGUGCUUUUUCUGGUUGGCUUCGCCGCUGCUCAACAAUGUGAAGGUAAACAGUUUGUUUGACAGAUGUUCGUUUAAAACAAAGUUUUCUUCGUGAAAUUGUCCUUUUUGGAAUAACUGCGAAUUGCUAUUUGUAUUUUGAUGAAAUUGCAUAUUGUACUUCGAUUUUCUAUUGAAUUGUGAAGGCGAAAAACUUUGGUUUUUAAAUAUAAAUAAGGGGUUUCCGAUUUUUCAUCCUGAAUAAAUGUACCCUAGUUGCUCUCAGAAAAAUUCAAAUCGCACUUUUCUUCUUUUGAAUCAUAGACAAAAGAGUGGCAAAGUACACCGAAAGUGCGGAAUUCUAAAAUAGCCAACCGGUCUCUUCAAAACGAAUAAUUGUUUUUUUUCAGUUUGCGUCAAAGUAUUGACCGAUGCAUUGGCCAAAGUACCAGCGGACUCGAAAUCGAAGGCUGAUGUAGUUGGACAAAAAGUACGAGAACACUGUGCUACAACCAAAAAUAAGGAGAACAAAUUCGUGAGUUUUUUUAAAUUUCAGGCACUCGAAAAACUAAACAAACAUUCUAGUGUUUCUACAUCGGAGCUUUGCCAGAAUCGGCAACAUCAAUCAUGAAUGAUGUGCAAAAACCACUCAGUUGGUCUAUGCCACCAGAAAAAGUUUGCGAUAAACUCAAAACGAAAGAUGCUCAAAUUUGCGAAUUGAAAUACGACAAACCACUCGAUUGGAAAACUAUCGAUCUCAAGAAAAUGCGUGUGAAAGAGCUCAAGAACAUUCUUUCCGAAUGGGGAGAAGUUUGCAAAGGAUGCACUGAAAAAACCGAAUUCAUAAAAAAAAUCGAAGAAUUGAAACCAAAAUUCGUCAAGGAAGAAUUGUGA